CCAAUAAGUAAUUUAUCGUUUUAAAAGUUAUUUAUAUUAAUUUUUUUACUUUUUAUAAUAAUUUGUAUUAGUUUUGCUGCUGUACUUGAUAUUUGUUUGAUUGACUAUUUAACUGCAACAUGAGUAUCUUUAAUUCACCUUUAUCUGAUAAUUAUCUAUCUAGAUUAAUUUUCGACGAGAUUGAACUCAAAAACAAUGUUAACCAAUACAUUAACCGUAUGAAGAUAUCUGAAUGGUCUAAUAAUUUUAAUCGUAUUUUUAUUAGUCCAGGAAACUCGUUUAAUACAAAAUAUUUCAUAAAGUUUUUAUCGUCAAAAUUGGCUAAAAAUAGUCGGAUGUCUAAAGCACAUGUCUUAUCCAACUCAAACAUAGAAAAUCAUCAACUAAUAUCCCAAGAAUCGCAAUCUAAUGUCAUAGAGUCUCAAAACUCUACCAUUAUAAAUAAAUUAAAAGUGGAAGAAAAUGAUGAAUUUGUUGUUGAUACUAUUAUUGAUAGGUUAACAGGUGUAGAAUUUUUUAGAUUGUUAAAUAUAGAACCGAGUAAACGAUUAAAGACGAUAAUGUACAACUACCAUGUAUUUAAUAAAACUUUAGAAGAUGUAUCGUUUGAAAAAUUGGGUAAAUCAAGAACUGAUGAUUUAGAAACUGAAGUUCCAUAUGAAAUAUACAUCGAAACAAUAGAUGAUAAAUCGCUAAACUUGAAAAAUGAAGUUAUAAGUACAGUAAACAGUUCUGAUCUUUUGAAAUUACUUAAAACUUGUGGUAUCAUAGUAAUUGACAUAUCUAGAGAUACUGCUGAAUUAUCGAAAGGAAAAGAAAUAUUUAGAUCAUUAAAAAGAGAAAUCGUCAACUUUAAAGAUAUGGGAAAAACCCAUGGAUCGAAAAAGAAAAAGAAAAUAGUGGUAAUAUCGACUGUAAUGACUUGGGCAGGUGUUAAUAAAAAACGUUUUGUGAGUGAGAAUGAUGCGAAUAACAGAGUCCCAAAUCCAGAAUAUGCAGAACACUAUGAAUUUGAACUUGAAGUGUUAGCCGUAAAUGAAACUGAAGGACUUAAAGAACAUUUAAAAACAAUAAUCAUUUGGUCUGGUCUUACAUAUGGGUUCGAACAAGAUUUGUUACAAUUUCUGUUCGACUCGGCUUGUAAAACUAUCGAUUUAUUUCCAAUACCAAAUAGUCAAAACCAUGUACCAGUAAUACACGUUGAAGAUUUAGCUAGACUCGUUCAUAAAAUAAUAUCUGAAGAUCAGACGCCAGAGUAUCAUUAUAUUUUUGCUGUUGAAAGUCCAAUAAUUACGCUAAAACAAAUCAUCGCUACUCUCGCUAAAUCAUGUGAUGUAACUAUUCCGACAGCGGUGUCAUUAAAUACAUUCUUGAAUAAAUAUGAACUCAAGGGCAUACAUAAACAAAUUAUGUCAAUCGAUAUUAAAGUCAAUUCAAGUAUUAACCGAUUGUGGCCCAAUUUCGAGUGGUACAACAAUAAAUCAUCAAUACUGACUUCAAUGAAAUAUUUAGUUGAAACAUAUAAAAGAGCUCAUAACAUUAAAAAUAUUAAGUUAGUUAUACUUGGUCCACCAGCUUCUGGUAAGACCAAACUCGCAUUUCAACUUGCCCAGUUUUAUGAUUUAAUUUACCUGGAACCCAAAAAGAUAACUCAAGACUACAUUAAUGAAAUCAGAGAAGAAAUAAGUUCACUGUAUCAUAAAAGUCGAUUAGCUGACGAUUCAGUAGAUGAUGUAUUAGACGAUGCUGAUGAACCAACUGAAAUUAAUUCGAUUAUAAUUGACAAAAUAUCAAAAUUAAAUAAAAAACUAUCAAUUUUAUAUUCAUCUAUGGAUGCCAAUAAUGAUAUACUGGAAGAUAUUUAUUUAAUUCCACUAUUGAUUGAAAAAAUUAAGUUUUUUAAACGUGGGUAUGUUCUGGAUGGAUAUCCAACAACAGUAGCUCAAGCCAAAAUGCUAUUCCAAUUCGAUGAUACGAGUUCAGUUCAACAAAAUAUAGAUGUUAAUAAACUACCAAACUUGACGGUUACUUUAACGCAAAACACACUAGGUGUUGAUUUAUUCGCUGAUCAAAACAGCGAUAUCGAUAUCAGUAUAAACACACUUAAAAAUACAAGUACAAAAAGACGACUUCUGUUCUCUGAAGUUGACAAAAUACAUUCAUCGAGUUCUGAUAUCGCCAUAUCAACUAAUGUGGCAGCAAAACCUAUUCUAAAAAAACAAAUAAAAAAAAAACCCAAACGACUAAUUUGGAAUCGAAAAAAUCAUGAUAAUCUUUUGAAAUUUUUCAAUUUGUAUUAUGCGCCAAUAAAGAUUAUUGAAUCUCCAUAUUCGCCACUUAACUAUAAUACUGACAAAGUUGAAUUACCAGAUAUUGAUCCAAGUUUUGAACAGUUUCUUAAUGCAGUUGUAAAAGAAAUCGAAUUGAAUCAAAAUCAUGGAAUAUUUGAGAAAAUGACUGAUUUAAAUAAAAUGAAUUCAUUAGUAGAAGAAAUUAACGAAAAUCAAAAAUAUAAACUAAUACAGCUUAAGGAAAAAAUGACAUUGCUAGAGGAUUUUGAGAAGUUAACGGAUUUCGAAUACAUUGAAAGCUUAACUAACGAAGAAUACUUAAUGAAAUAUGUUACUCCUACCUUGACAAAAUUGAUAGUACAAGUUGCUAAAGUGAGACCAAAGAAUCCUGUUGAUUUUUUGGCUUAUAUGGCUCUUAAAGAGAAUCCGGAAGGUUUACCAGACUUUCCAGGCUAUUCUAAGGAGGGUGUGAAAAUACAAAAAAUAUUGGAACGCAUGUUCCUUAUGUAUAAUUACAAUGAACAUGAAAUGAUUAAAUUAAAACCAUUAAUGGACGUUUUGACAGCACAUUUUAUAGAUGAUGAAGAUAUUUAAAAUAGUAAAGAAGUAGUAUAAUUGUAUAAUACAAAUUUCACACAAAGUGAUAAAAAAAAAAAAAACAAGAA